AUGGAUCAGAAAUCCCAAUCACCAUAUAAUCCCUACGAGAGGAGGGACCCGUUGAAGAGACUGCCGUGCGACGUCUACGUUGACAUACUCUCUAGGUUGACACCCAAAGAAAUCAUUGGCUGUGAACGUGUGAGCGGAUGGUGGAGGGAAUGCAUAGAGGAGUGGACAACCACGACCGGAUAUCUACAUAUGCUUGGGCCUGUUGGAUAUAAAGAACUCAUGGACGACCCCAAGGAGAAACGGAUGUCUCAUGCACAGCUGAAGGAAUAUUUGCACAAAGUCUAUUGCAUGCAAAAGGGAAUACCCUCACCGAGCCGCGCUAUCCGCAAAGUAAAUAUGUUCUGUGCUAGUCGAGACGUGGUCGCAUGGACUGCUUGGCGUGGGUUUCCAUGCACGGGGGCCUCGUAUGUUAAGAAAGAUGACGACAUUUGCUGGCGAUUGGCGACGGGCAGAACAACGCAGAUUGUGAGCGCGGGGGAUGUCUUUCCAGGGCAUAGUAGACCGGUGAUUGUGGUGAGAUUGCAAGCAAAUAAUGCCGCAACGCUGUUGAUACACCUUGAAACUGUGCGAGCGGGUAGCAGAUCUAUACGAGCGGCGGUCUAUUCAUUGCGCGAACGACGAGUACUGUGGCAUCGGGACUAUUCUAUCCCUUGGGCGCAUCCUUUUAAUGGCCACCAAGAGAAUAUCAACGCCUGUGUUCCCUAUCUGCUCGGCGAGUGGGUGGUGUAUACUGCAACUUGGAAGAAGGACGAUAAGUACAUGUUAGAGGCCUAUGACUUCAGCACGGGAGAGCGCCUUUACGAAUCACCGGUGCUACACGCAGACUGGGCUUGGCGCCAGCAAGCCUUUGAGGUCUAUAGAACGGACAAUACCGUACACAGCAAGGUAAUUGAGCCUGCUCCCGGCAAGGAGGUUAUCCUGCAAUUCCUGAACGCCACCGCAACUGCUAGUGGAUCUGUGAAAUACACUGGGUUUGAGGCCAUCCAAGGAAGCACCGGGAGGGUUUUAUCAUCCAUAAAUGAUCUUUGGCGUCAUCCAAGUCGGGCUUUCGUGCAUGCACCAACAAGACAGUUAGCAUUGGUAUAUGUGGGAAUUCAAGGGACAAAUCCAGGAGCCCUCGCUGGUUACACGGUCCAUGUGGUACAGCGAUUAUCAUUUACCCCAGAUCGCGGCUUUUCCUUCUUAUGUCUUGAUGCAGUCAUUGUUGACGACAAUCAAAUUCCUUUGUGGUUGGCUGUUUCGCCUCUCUUUAAGUUCUUCGGCAUCAGCCCGUUUUUCCAAACAGCUUUCUCGCUUGAAUCGGCGUGUCCCAACGAGCAUCCAUUGAUUCCUGAUUACCCCCUGUUCUCAUAUCCCCUGAUUCCUACUGAGAGUUCGAGUCUCCGCCACGCUGCCGAUACUCAGGUGCGAUCCGAGCUUCGGCUACCUCCCGAUGCACCAGGGAUCCGCCAUUGCUAUGAGUUGGGUGAUAGGGUACGGGUUAUCCUUCCCAAAGGUCCAAAUGAUACGGCUAUUCCAGUAGAACAGACUUUACCCGCCAUCAUCCGGAUGCCGCACGAUCCAAUUUGUUUUACGGACGAUGGAAACCUGAUAUCGUGUUACGGGGUGGACGCUUCCCUGGUGAGCGUCACGCACCACCUGCCAGGCCUGGAUCCGUGGUAG